CCAUUAAAAACUUGCCUUGAAGAUAAACACAUGAUCUUCCUGCCAUCUUUAAUUUAUUGUUUAUUUCAAUUGUGUAAACAGCACUUGCAAUGAAUGAUUUUAAAGUAGAAUUCACGAUACCAUUUGCAACGGCAAGAGAAGCGGAUGUUGUUUAUCAAGUUCUUAAAGUAGACAAGGAACCUCCAAGAUCUGGUGUUAGUAAGAACAUAAAACAUAAAGAUAAUCUCUUAUUAGUAUCAUUUUCUGGUACAGAAAUACGUAAAGUUCGUGUUGGUGUAACAUCUUUUUUUGACAGUUUAACUUUAGUUACAGAAACUAUACAACAAUUUGGACCACCAGAAUCUACGUAUAAUUAUUAUUAAUUACUAAGAUAUUUUUGAGAAAUAUAAAUGUUAUUUAUCUGCCCAUAUAGAAAAAAAAAAACAUGGAGCAUACACCUGCACCAUAUGCGCCUAGAGCUGUUUAUGGUUACGCUAUGUAUAUAGGAUCAAAUUUAUUUUUUUUACUGUAUCUAAUAUGGUCUAUAGUACCUGAUUACAUAUUAAAAGAUUACUUAGGUUUAUCGUACUAUCCAUCUAAAUAUUGGGCCAUUGCAAUUCCUGUUUGGGCUUUAACAGCCCUUGCUACAUUUGCAUUUAUCAUUUAUCCUGCUAUGAAUUUAUUAAUGACUCCUGACAUUGAUGAUAUUAGAACUAUUACAGAUAAUUAUGCUCAAUGUAGAAAAGAAACUACUCCUGGUGGUGUACCACCUGUUUUCGAUAUACCUAUAACUGACGUUUGUAGACAAUUAUAUUUAUCUGAGGAGGAUAUUAUAAGUUAAAUAUAACUAAAAUAGUUUCAUAUAUCUAUACAUAAACUUCUAAGAUAUUUCAUUGUCAUUUAUAUGAUAAAGUAUAUAAUAUUGAAAUAAGGAAUGAACUGUCAAAUAUUAUAUUUUAAGAUUCAAUCAACAAUUUAAUUGGUAUUGUUAAUAAUGUAAUUUUUAUUUUAUUUUUAAUAUCAUUGGAAAAUGAAUUAAUAAUAAUAUUUACGGUGUAAUUAGUUAAUGACUUUUGCUAUAGUAGAAUGAAAAGUAUUAGUCUAGAGAUUAUUUUUAAUCAAUGAUUGAAAUUUUCUCAUUGUUAAAUUCUUUGUAGUUAAUAAAAUAAUUGAUGAACUACUUAGAA